GUCCUCUAGGUCGCUUUUCACUUUGGCAGAUGUCUGUAGAACGCAUUUCUGUUUUAGGCAGUAGUUUGAGUUGCUGAAGUGCGGAAAUAUGGAAUAGGAGUCCUGACGAGAGAAAGUAUGAGGCAAACGGAGGGACGUCGCAUGUCAAGGGGUAGCAAGCUCACGCUGUACCGUCCAGGCUUUCCCUCGUCGACUGCCGCAGAGCUGGAACUGAUCGCUAUGCAGUCUCGGGCCUCCGCAUGCUGUGCCGUCCGCAUCCCUCUACUGAGGUCAGAGCUUUAGGAUGCUCCUCGUUUGGAACGGACGUGUCCUCCAGUGAGUCGGUGGUUCACAUUCUCUUGCUCCGGCUGGGGUCACAAGCUCUUGCUGUUCUGCCGCUCAUACACCAACCAAUGUUGGGUACUGGAAGAAAAACACCAAAAGUUUUGUCGAGCAGUGUUGCCACCUGCCACCUUCUUCUCUUCCGUUGGAGCUUUGAUGAGUCAAGUCGGUACUGUCAGCAAAUGUGUACUGUCAUCUUUGACUGCUAACUUGGUUCAUAAUCGCCUUCUGCACCGUAUGGCAAUUCUCAGGAUAUCAUAUGAUGGAGGAUGAUCGAGAUUGUAAGAUGCUCUCGGUCUUGAGGAUUCUCAGCACUUAAUUCCCCGAAACACUGUCCGUCCCGACUCGGUUUUGUCCAUGGGUUCUACUUUUGGUAUUACUUUUGGUUUUACUUUUCAGCAAGCAAAGGGUCAUUAGAGGCAUGAAUAUGGAUAAAUUGUAGAUCAUUGUGGAUUAGCACUCAGCUCUACACUGUCCCUCUCUUACGUUAGGAUGGUCCCUCAGCUUGCAUCUCAUAUUCUGUGCAAUGUGAGAAAAGUCGACGUCACUCACAUUCUUCCUCCCUUGAGGUUCAAGGCCAAGUUGAUAAGAGUCGCAAUUGCAGCCGAUUGUAAUAUUCAGACUCAGUAUGGUGCUGUACUGGGAUCAAUUCUUCCGGCCUUGACGACCAGAAGUUGACAAGGUCAUGACGCUGAGCGGUUGAAUCAUUCUGACGAAGACCCACAUCUGGGAAUGAAAAAGGUUGGCGUGCUUCAGACGCCCUGGUACUCAGAACGCAAGUUCAGGACUAAUAUAACUUCUAUUCAACUGAAGAGUUGGGGAAUUGGAUUCAUGAGCGAACUGGCCAAUUUGCUCUGAUGCAAAUCUAUGUCGAGCCUCCAUAAUAAUCAAGUCCAAGCACGGAAGGCGUAAGAUUGCAGAAGAACAAUGCGGUCGACCAUUGUAAGUUUUUUGAAAUAG